AUGACCAGCGCGGAAGACCUACUGCAGUCCACGCAUUCGCGCACGCUGGACGCAUAUUACAAUGACACACGCCUAGGACGUCGGUCUCCGCAGAUCUUCGCCCUGCUCGCUGACACGUCAGCUGCACACGCGAGCUACACGCCCGAGCUCAUUACGCUCGUAUUCCAGCCACAGAACGGCCCGGGUCCUGUCGAGUCGAGUUGCACCCAGAGCACGACUACCCCGCCCCAGGGGUACACAGCCGUGCGGACACGUCAGCCGUACAUCUUGCAGCCCUCCGUCGUCCUGCGGUACUCAGGGCGUGACUUCUUCGAUGUUCGGGAUCGCGACUCCAUCGGGCUUGUUCGCGUCGUCCUGCAUGGGUGCACGGGGGACAUGGUCUUUGAAAACGCAUGCCUGUUCCUUCGAGAUGCCCUGGUGCUUCGAGAGUUCAGCGAUGCCAUCAAGGCCGGCGACUCGGGUCGAAUCAUACUGGUGCUGAAGGUAUUAGCACUCAGCUAUCGAGGGAGUGGUCGUACGAAAUACGCGCAGGAAACCCUACAUGUCAUUCACAACCUGACACAUAUUUGGCCGAAGCCUCUGCGCACCAUAGUGAUCAAUAACUGGCUCGUGAAUACCACCGGAAAGCCCAAUCAUUGGUACCCUGUGGACCUGCUGCAAGAGCACAACAUAUUCUGGACCAAGAGGAUAUACAGCGCGCAGGGAAGCGGCGCUUCGUGGGACUGGCUUGAGAUUACCUCGCCUUGCAUUGGGGCCUUGCGGCACCUAGUGACAUCAAUGAAUGAUGCGUUAGGGUCACGGCAAGGCAUCAAGCACGCGGAACCUGACCUUCGACGCGACAUUGAAGAACUUCGACGCUCGCUCGCAGAUGCUAAUGUUUACAGAGUGGAGCCAGGACGGGUGAUUGAUGGCGAAAAGGCAGUCACACCGAACGUCGUUGCGGUUGGAGUGUCACAGCUUUUGGGACCGCUUGGAGAGUACAACGCAAUGUUCGCCCGUUUGAGGAAGCGUCGCGCGCGAACAUCGCCUCUUGUCGGCGGUACGAUUGACGCGCCCGGAACGGCGACGGCGCGAGACGACUCACCGGGCAGUGAUGUAACAACCGACUCGGACCAUGCAAACACUGAUGCGAACUCGUCCGGCGACGAAGACAUGAUGGAUAUCGACGACGGGGUGUCAGACGGCGAGGAGGAGGACGCAGACGUCAACGAGACGGAGUACUGGCUGGAGCACGAACCGUGGUUUACAUUGGACGAGGAGGCCGAUGUAGAUCCUUAUCUUGACUAG